AGAUGAUUAAUCUAUUAAAUGAAAGAAAACAACUAUUUGAUAAACUUGAAUAAGCUGUUCAAAGUAAAGAUGAUCUACAAAUAAGCUGUAUAGUUGAUUCCUUAAGACUUAGAUUAGGAUUAUCUGGUAAAACAAGAAAUUAAGCCUUAUAUUCAUUUUUCGAUGAAAUUGUAAAACUACUAAUGCCAUUUCAUAUGAAAUAUUUACUAUAUAUUGCUUAAGAAAGUAUUUAUUUUUAUAAUUUAAUAAUGUUUGAUUUUUUUUUAAAAAAGAUUUGGAAAUAUUUAAUACAUAAAAUAAUGAAUAAUAAAAAAAUAAUAGUUAAUCGUGGUUUUAAAACAUAUAAAUGACAGAAGGUUAAAUAUUUUAGAUUAAGUAAAAAAUAAUGAAUUCUUAAGCUUUAUACGAUAAAAUAUUAAAUUAACUAGAUUAAGUGAAAAAAUAAAUUAUAAUUUAAAACGAAUUCGCUUAAAAUUUUAUUGAUGAUUUAAGAAAUUAUUUUCCUCCUAUUAAUAUU